AUGGAUCGUUUAAAAACGAAAAGAACACCAUUGCGAUCAGCUUUCACAAAGACAUUUAACAGCCUGACUGAGGAAGUAGAAAAAGAAACCGUUGACCUUCAAAGUAUUCUUAUUUUAUCGGAACAACUAGAAGAAAAAUUUAACAGAUUGAAAGCUGACGAUAUGGAAAUUUUAGAGUUUCUACUGGAAAAUAAAGCAUCAGAAGAGGAAUAUACAAAAGAAUUUGACAGUUGUGAAGCCCAUACGGAUAAAUUCGUAGCAUUGAAAACGAAAGUAAACAACAUAACGGCCAGUAUAAAUGUCAGCAUUUCACCAACUUCUAAUGAAAGAAAUAUGGAAUUACAACAACCAUCGAUGGCGGCAACUACCUUUAAACUGCCGAAAUUAAAUUUAAUAGAAUUCGACGGAGAUCCCCGGAAUUGGCUUAACUUCUGGAAUACUUUUAAGAAAAUUCAUAAAGAUACUAAUAUAGAUAAACACUCGAAGUUUGUUUACUUGAUCCAAGCUACAACUCCAAAAUUGAAAGCUCGAGAAAUAGUUCAAAGUUUCCCCACAACUGAAGAGAAUUAUCCCAAAGUUAUUCAGCAUUUAAAAAACCGUUUUGGAAGAGAAGACAUUUUGAUACAGCUGUAUGUGCGCGAUCUAUUAAAUAUUGUGUUGUCGAAUGCUAGUGGAAAUAAGAAUUUUAAGUUAUCAUUUUUAUAUGAUAACCCUGAAUCGAAACUAUGA